AGAUCUUACCGCAACUUGCCUUUCAAGGCAAGACUGGGAGUCGGGGCUGGCCUGGUGGCCUGGAGUAUUGUUGGCAUGUACAUGUCUGAUCGAGCCGAAGAAAAAUUCGGCUUCACUCCAUCCGAGGCCGACAAAGCAGCUUUGGACAGAAUGAUACCCAAGGUCCAUGUCGUUGACAGG